AUGGGUAUCCUAGACGUUAUCAAGAGAAAGUCCGGUGUCAUUGUCGGUGACGAUGUCCACGCUUUGUUCCAGUAUGCAAAGGAGAACAAGUUCGCCAUCCCAGCCAUCAACGUGACCUCCUCUUCCACUGCCGUCGCCGCCAUGGAAGCCGCCAGAGACAACAAGUGUCCAAUCAUCUUGCAGACCUCCAACGGUGGUGCCGCCUACUUCGCCGGUAAGGGUGUCUCCAACGACGGCCAGAACGCCUCCAUCCAGGGUUCCAUCGCCGCCGCCCACUACAUCAGAGCCAUCGCCCCAGCCUACGGUAUCCCAGUCGUCCUUCACUCCGACCACUGUGCCAAGAAGUUGUUGCCAUGGUACGACGGUAUGAUCGCCGCCGACGAGGCCUACUUCAAGCAGCACGGCGAGCCUCUGUUCUCCUCCCACAUGUUGGACUUGUCCGAGGAGACCGACGAGGAGAACAUCGGCACCUGUGUCAAGUACUUCAAGAAGAUGGCCGCCAUGGGCCAAUGGUUGGAAAUGGAGAUCGGUAUCACCGGUGGUGAGGAGGACGGUGUCAACAACGAGUCCGUCGACAAGGACUCCUUGUACACCAAGCCAGAACAGGUCUACAACGUCUUCAAGGCCUUGCAGCCAAUCUCUCCAAACUUCUCCAUCGCCGCCGCCUUCGGUAACGUCCACGGUGUCUACGCCGGCACCAUGGCUUUGAGACCAGAGAUCCUGGCCGAGCACCAGAAGUACACCGCCGAGCAGAUCGGUGUCCCAGCCGAGAGCAAGCCUUUGUUCUUGGUCUUCCACGGUGGGUCUGGUUCCACCAAGGAGCAAUUCCAAACCGGUAUCGACAACGGUGUCGUCAAGGUCAACCUGGACACCGACUGUCAGUACGCCUACUUGAAGGGUAUCAGAGACUACGUCCUAAACAAGAAGGACUACAUCAUGUCCAUGGUCGGUAACCCAACCGGUCCAGACUCUCCAAACAAGAAGUACUUCGACCCAAGAGUCUGGGUCAGAGAAGGUGAGAAGACCAUGUCCGUCAGAAUUGCCGAGGCCUUCGACGUCUUCAACACCAAGGACACUUUGUAA